AUGCUGCGCAACCUAUCGAGAGACCACGACGACACGGCCUCAACCUCGUUCGUCGGUCGCAUCGCUCGGUAUCGCAGACCGAGUACUGCUUCUCCACAUCCUUCCUCACACCCAUCAUCUUCUCCAUACCAACAAGAGUCCUUCUCACCCCACCUCUCCAAGCACAACCACCUCUCUCCCGAAGAGACGCGUUACUACGCCGACGCCAGUUGGUCCAAAGCCUCCGCAUCCCCAUCCCCCAGCAUCAAUUACGACCGAGACCUUCCUCAACUACCUCCCGAAGCGCUCGUUGACCUCGACUCGAACCAACUUGCGUCUCGAGACUGGCCGCGCACCGAUGACGAGGUGCGUUCCCGCCAUCUCUCCCAGUACGAAGCCUUUGAAACGCCCGUGUGCUCCGGACAAGCCAAGUCCGAGGGUACCUCCAAACAGUCAGCAGCAUUACGCUUCGCCACUGCUUCGACCUCGGCAGCCGUCUCCGCAGCUGGUUCCGGCCUUCGCAAACUCGGCAAAAAGGCUUCCGCAGCUCGCCUCCGUCGUCCCAACACGACCGCACAGCUCGCUGCGGCUGAGCUCGAUGCAAGCUACGCAGCCAUCCGCAGCGCGUCGUCGCCACCUAGCUCUGCAGGCGACACCGACUCGCUCAACCGUACGGCUCAGAGCAGCUUCAGCACGUCCGAUGACUCUGCGCACACUCGUACCCUGAGCUCCUCUCAGGAAACCAGCCACACCAUACACACCUUCGUAGAUAGCGCCGAUCCAGCCAUCGGGCUGCCUUACGAUGUCGCGCAUAACGUCCAUGUAGACGUCGGUCCACAUGGCUACACGGGCCUACCAUCCUCCUGGGCCCAGGUGCUGCUAUCCGAAGGCGUCACCGAUCAAUCCAUGUACGAAGAUCCGCACGCUGCUGCCAGGCUGGUCCACGAGAAGACCGAGUACUUUGUACAGCGCGCCGUCGAACAAGGAACCCAUCCGGACCAUGCUCGGCGAAUCUUGUCUCAGAGGCUAGCAGCCGACCCGGACCUCAGCGCCGUUCUGGCUUCAGCAGCUGCUGCUCCGUCCGUUGUUGGUCGGCCGCGCCGCGACAGCAUCCAAUCCAGCGCUAGCAGCUCUUACAGCAGCGUCCUGGAAAAGGGCUGGGAUCUCGCUUCACCCACCAAACCUCACACACCCAGCGAUCUCACGCUGCUGCCUGCAAAGAGUCCGCUCUUGCCCGAUUUCGCCGCAGAGGACUUUGACGAAUGGUCUACCUCGUUGCUCAGCUCCAUCCCUUCCAAUGCCCACGAUGCGAAGGCCCGGCCGUCCCAAAACGCAGACCAGACUACGGACAAGUCGUCCCGGCGUCGCUCGAGAUCGCUCAGCCAGUUGGCAGGUGCCAACAAUCUCAAUGGUCUUGGCAUCGGCAUCGGCAGCUCUGCUCACGCCACGCCAAAGCGCGACAUUCAACGUGCAAAGGACCUUCUUGGAGCCACGGACGCAACACCAAAGGCGUCGCAGCGCAUGCACGCCUCGCUCGGCCUCAAUGCAGGCCUUGAUGGGCUUUCUGCCCAUCAAGCUUCGCAGACGAGCAAUGCUACCGACGAUGAGAUGCAGGAGAGUCUGCGCGAGAGUCUCGAUUGGCCCAAGAAAGCCAGCACCCAUCUCGAUGAUGAAGAAGCCGAGGUGCAGCACGUCCAGAUUGCGCAGGCCGCCAUCGUGGCCAAGGGCGUUUUGCGACCUGUCCGCGCAAGCCAACUCGGCGCUCGCAAGGUCUCUCCAUCGGCGGCCAAUUUCGAGUCGAGUAGCCCUCAUAUGAGUCCGAGCUCGAGUAGCUCGAACUUGCAAUCACGCCAGCCACGGUCGCCUUCGUCGCUCUCGGACACGGCUAUGUCUCGUGGUGGUUCCGUCGACUCGUACGCAACCGCCAGAUCCAAUUUGGCGCUAGGCACACGCGGAAGCCUAUCAGACGCACCCCACAGGAUCCUCACCAAGAAUCUCUCCAACUUUGCUGAGAGUGAUGUGACCAACUCGCCCAUCGAGACAAGCUCAUCUGGCCAUUCGUCAACACGCAUGCGAAGUCCUUCCCUCACCGUAGCGACUUCGUCUAUGGGGCAUGGCAGCUAUGCAGGCGUUCCAAAUCGCGCCUCGCCUUCUCCGAGUCUAUCGGUUCGCGACACUGCUUCGCCCGAUUUGCCGCCUAAGCACGGAGACUGGCGCUCCCGCUCGCCAGCAGUCUCCGUCACUGCUGAUUCAGAAGCAGAAGGCGCAACCGCUUCAUCCGAGGCACUCCACGAUGCACAACAUGCCAAGAGAAAGCCUGCGUCCCUCGAUGGUGUCCACACGAUGGGUCACCAGACACAGCACAGUUGGGCGAGCUCUGCGCCUUCCGUGACUUCUUCCGAUGGCAAUCAUGGCGUCGGCAGGGGUCUCGGACUGCGCGAACGCCGUCACGCUCCACCACGCAUCUAUCCGCCUUCCACGUCGACUCGAUGGGCCCAUCACCUUCCGCACCAGGACGACGGAAGCAGUCCGAUGGGUUCUGCUGGCUCCAGCAGCAGGCGAAUGCAGCCGUCACCAACCAUGCAGGCGCCCAUGCAAAGGAAGGCGUCCGCCGACAGUCUGGGGUCCCGACCGGAUCGCAGCCCCAUGAGCGACCACUCACACGGAUCGACGUCGAGCGUGCAGUUUGGCUUUCGAAGGCGCGAAUCCGACGGCCUUUCUCAAUCGAGCCACGGCCGCUCGUCUGCCCGCAACUCGACUCGUGACUCGAUGGGGCCGCCACCUCCUCCGCCACCCAAGCCAACGCCCGCACCUGUGGUUCGAAAGAUUCUGCCCGGAGCCGAUGGCUUCUACACCAUGCCUGCCACACACGCAGCUGCAUCUCGAGGCGAUGUCGGCAACGCUGCCGCUCUGCCUGGAUCUGAUCUCCUCCAACCGCCAUCUCGGUCACCGGCGGCUUCCCCGGUGUCCCGAUCCGAAUCGUGCGACUACCACGCUACGAUCGAAGAGUGGAUGCGUGCCGACUAUUUGGACCGCUCGCCUGCGACUGCAACCUUUUCGGACGCCUCGCGGAGCCCUGUCAGCAGCAACCGCGAUUUGCCGUUGCCUCCAUUGCCGAGCGAGGAGGUCGAGGAGGGCGGUGAUCAUCACAAGGCCCAUCAAGAUGAGCGCGAGUUGCAAUAUCUGCAACGUCCGGUCACUGCGACUUCUGCGGGAUCGUCGAUCGAAGAGCUGCUUUCGCCACGAGCGACCGAGUCGACAUGGCGCACGGCAGACACCGAUGCGUUAAAGCGAAGCUCCGGUCACACUUCUCCGGCAGCAGAACGAUCGCCUCGUCUACCCUCUGUCCAUGCUCCUCGGCUCGACAUGAGCGACAUUUUUGCGAAUGCUUCGGCCUUCGAAGCAGCUCUUUCACCACCGGCGUCUCCCGCCGAAUCCGUCGAGGUGCUCGAUAAUUGCGACCAACCUUCUCCGGCGGACGGAGCAAGACGCGCCAUGCCCGGCCGGGCCAUGGACAAGAAAGCGAAGAACGCGAGCAGAGUCAAUCGCGGCCGCGAGAAUGGCCGUGACGCUGAUGACACUCGAUCGAUCAUCUCGAUCGGUCCACGCGCACAAGACGAUGCGCGGCGCUUUCCGGUAUCGAUGCACUACGCCAGCGGAUUCGACACGGCAUCGAUGCUAGGCGACGACUCGGAAGCGAUUCGAUCGUUCCGUGAGCUGAUGCUGGCACGCCAGUCGAUGGAUCUGGAGGAGAUGCUGCCAAUGCAGAUGGGACUCGAGUCGGCGCCGCCAGUACCGGCGUUGCCCAGCAUGCAAGAGCUCCAAGCCAAAAUGGCCGCGGUCGACCAGAUGCGCGGUCAAGAGGCGCAACGAACACGAGCUGCAGAGCAAGGCAAGAAACAGGGAAAAGAGCCGCUCAGCGCGAACACGGCCGUCAGCGCUGCUGCCUCACCCAGCCUUUCGCAGUACGAACUAGACUGUUCAGCGGAUGCGCUUUCCCCAAAGCUUUCGCAUCUGCGCGACGCUAUCAAGCUGGAGCCGCUGCGAAAGGACGUGCUGUGCGAUCUGCAAAUGAUCGGCGAUGGCGAGAGCGGACCGGUGUUUGCGGCUAACGACGUGGUCAAGAAGCGACGCGUCGCCAUCAAGGUGGUACGAUUUGGCACGGAUCCGGACGAGGAGCCGUCUGGGCGAUUGUUGGGGCUUGUCAAGGAAGUCGGAGUAUGGCGACGGUGCCGACACGUCAACGUGUUGGACCUGUACUCUACAGUGCUCACGGACGAGGCCAUCUGGAUGGUGCACGAGCUGGCGGAGCGGAGCCUGGCGGACGUGAUUGCGUGGAAGGAUGGAGGCGUGGACCUUUCCGAGCAACGCAUGAGUCGGAUCAUGGGUGAUCUGGUGGAGGCGCUGCAGUUCCUGCACGGCAAGGGAGUGAUGCAUCGGGAUGUGCGCUCGGACAACGUGAUGGUGUCUAGCACCGGUGUGAGCAAGCUGAGCGACUUUACGCACGCGGGGUUGCUGAGCGCGGGCGUCACCACGCGUCACUCUGUGGUAGGGACGCCGUACUGGAUGGCACCCGAGGUGAUCAAAGCGAACAAGUACGAUGUGCGCUGCGACGUGUGGUCGCUCGGGGUGGUGCUGUGGGAGAUGAUCGAGGGAAAUCCGCCACGGGUCGAGUUCCCACCCUUGCGCGCGAUCACGCUGACGGCAACGCUGGGGUUGCCGGCGUUGCGUGAUCCGGGGUCAGUGUCGCACGAGCUGAAAUCGUUUUUGCACUGGGCGACCGAGAUGGAUGCGGACAAGCGACCGAGCGCCGAGAUGCUGGGGAUGAGCGACUUUUUGGCGGAUCCAUGCAGCCGUGCGAGCAUUGUGGCGAUGCUGGAAGAGGCGCGGAUCGCCGAGACGGAGGCUAACAGACAGGAGAGCGAGGGGAUGGGAGGCGAGGAUGAGGUUGUGGGCGCGGGUCGGAUGAGCGAUGUUGUGCGGCGCCGAGAGAGUUGGAGUAGCGACUCGACGACCAAAGGAUGA